GGGUGAGAUCGCAGGGAUUCUUAUGACGCUGUAGAGCGACGCCAGUGAUUUCCCAGUCCAGCGGCGUAGCUAUGGCCGGAUCUGAGGCGCAGGAGGCAUCUUGCGCAUCGGCGCUGGUGUCAGCUAUGGAGAAUUUGGGUGUGAAACAGGAAGAUGGAGAUAGGGAGGAGCUGGCUAAGCCGGAGGAGAAGGAUUGCGAGGCGGAUUUGGAGAGCAAGCGAGAGGAACAGACAGUGGAGGCGAGCGCAGGUAAAGAUUCCACGAAUGUAGUCGUGGAGAAAGAGGCCGAGAGCUCGCAUGGGAUUUCCAAGGAGGAGGGAGAUGCUGUAGGCGGGGAUGAUGAAGAUGGCAAGGUUACCAAGGAAGAAGAUGGUGAUAGUGUGGAUAACAAGGAAGAAGACGGUGGAAGUGCUGUGGGUAGUACUGCUGGAUCCGACAACAAGGAAGAAGAUGGAAGCAACUCUGCUGGAAAUGACAAUGAUUUACCAAAGCCAAGCCUGGAAGACAGUGAAGCUGGAACAGACAAAGGUGACUCCGAUCCAAAGGAUCUAUUGCGGCCUUCUGGUGAUGUCCAUGUCGUGAUGAACGCCGCCACGCUUAUGGAGAAGCUAAACAUCGCCGAGAGCAGUGAUGGAGGAAGCAAUGGUGGCGACGACGAUUUGAGCAGCAGCGUGGACAGCACUGCCAACAGUGGGCCUCGUCUCGUGGAGGGCGAUGGCGAAGCAGCCUCGCAGGAAGAUAAAAGUGAGGACUGCUCCGAGGAGGGGUCCGUUCGACCGAAGAAACGCAUCGAUCUCCAACAUCAGUUUGUGCGAGGAAUUGUGAAGAUCCAGUACGACAGAGAUCAAUACGAAAAGCAAUGUCAAACGAAGAAGCAUGAGGAAAGGGACGUGAAAACACCUGACAAGAUCAAACCAGACGCCAGCGCAAGGAGAACAAGCUCUUCUCGCUCUUCUCCACGGUCGCCACCAGUUCAAACUACCAAGAGGCAGUUUUCGUUUGUGGACUCUCCUCCAGCGAGGCCAAGCGUUAAUGCUAGCGAGGAUCAACAGGUUGAGAAGAACAAGCACGAUCGAUCCACCGCAAUAUAUCGGCCACCAAGCCUUCGCAAUGUUGACACGGACAAAACUCGGUCACUUCGCAGUCACGAGACAGAUGGAGGUCGAUCUACUCGCAAUGCCGAGGCAGAUACAAGCCGGUUUACUCGCCAUACAGAGGCCGAUACGGCUCGAUCAUCCGCAGCAUCUAGCCGAAGUAACGCAUUGAAAGCAGGCUCUCCAGCUCCAGUGGCAAAGUCGCCGGGUCACUCAAAGGAGUUGGACAGGGAGGUUUUGCCGGAGGACGUGAGUAUCAGAGUUACCUUCGACACUGAGAAACAGAAGAGACGGAUCCAACUCUCCAAGCCGUCGGGUUCACAGGGAAAGGAGGAGAAAAACAACUUCAUUGUCACUUUCGACACGACCAGGAAGGAAAGACAUAUCGAGAUGCCAAGCUCAGCUCGCGGUGUGGGUAAGAGCAGCAACCACGAUCCUCCUCCCAGCGCGGUGGAGGUGAGAGACAGGUUUUUUGGAGAAGGGCUCAAGCGCAGGGACAGUGGCGAUCUUCCAGCGUCUUUCGAGUUCAAGGCCACGGCGUUUGGGAAAGGCCCGAGCGAUGAGACCAGAGCCGCCGGAGACAACGCCUUCGGCAAGAGACCCGGCCGAGGGAGCAACAACACCAGGUCGUCCCGUGGAUCCAGAGCCUCGGGAAACGUUCGCGUGUUCGAAGUUGGCGCGACACCGAGGCACCCGAGCGGCGGCAACGGCACCACUAACAUCCUGGAAGUAAACUCGUCGAAGAGAAACGAGGAGACACCGCUACCGCUACCACCAAAGGACAAGCCAUUUGCGGCGGAGCUCAAGUGGGGGGAUAUCGUGGAGUCGGAGACGGAGCCGAGCCCGACUCCCAACGCGCACGACUCGUUUAGCAGCAGCCCAGCUCCGGACGUUUUGGAGUCCAACCAGUGGCACAACAACGGCCAGACCAGCUCCAGCGGCGGCCGUAAGUCGUCCUCGAGGAAGCACAGGCAGAAGAAAGAAGCGCCGCCGCCUCGCCAACCAUCGCCGCCGCCGCCUCGUCAACCACAGAUCGAAAGCCCGGACUCGCAAAACGCUCCCAGACGAAGUGUGUGGGAGAGACUUGGCCCGAGGCCGGCAAUGGAGGCUACGCGUUUGAGGAUGGCACAAUACGAGAACAACGCAAUGGCGAACAGCUUGGAGAACUUUCGCGAGGCAGCCGAGCGCGAGUACUUGGAGAGGCAUGGUUUCGGCGAGCCGUCGGUGCAGGCGGCUUACAAGGACACGAAGCAGAAGAGAUCGAGGCUGGAGCUUUACGUGCCUCGACGGGGGGGAUCACAGGCUUGACAACGAGCAAGGCACAGGUUUUUCUUUCUUUUUUCUCUUCUUUUUUUCUGCUGCUUCUCUUGCGAGGACUAUAUAUGCCGAGGUAAGGCGCGUGAGGGGCUAUAUAUAUGUUUCAAGCAAGGCUCACGGACGGACGUGUUGCAGGCAAGACACAGGAUUUACAAAGGUUGUAAAUACAUACCAGAUUAUUUGAUGGACUUUCGUGUUUCCAUUAUUAUUGUGAACACAACACAAUCUGUGUAAGCUUUUCUUUUUCUUCUUUUCAUCUUAAUGGAAAAAACAAAAAAGAUGCUUUUGUAAGAAA